AUGCUGUCGCUGCAAUGCCAGAAGAGCCCAUCGUGUGAGCUCGGAUUCGGUCACACGCUGAUUGUGAAGCAUGCGUCCAGCCGCAGCGAGUUGCAGCCUCAAAACUUCUCUACAGCGAUACGACAUGUGUGGGGUGUUUUGACCAUGGUUUUGAUCAAAACCCGCGCCGCUGACCGUGACGUGCGCUGCGUUUAA